UCAUCAUCAGAACAGGAGCGGAGGCAGACAUGAGACAUUUAGCACAGAAAUGUACAGGAGGCACAUACCGUUUUAUGCUACACACAGAUAACACCACUACCGGAUCCAGUUUAUAGCCAACCCGUUAACCGUUGGAAUCUCCACCAAGCGAUCCGUCCAUGCGAAGCCUAGCCUUGCUUCUAGUUCCGUGUGUUGUCGCGGUAGUGGUGCACUUCUGGUUGUGGACAAACAGAGCGACCAUCUCGUUGGAGAAAGAUUCUGAUGAGGACUCUGCAGCAUCUCCCUGUGUUGAGGUGCUGGUGGGGGUGUUAUCUGCCAGACAUCACUAUGAUCUCAGACAGGCUAUAAGAGAGACAUGGUUGGGAUACCUCCGGGACCAUACACACUACCAACGCAGGGUGCAGGUGAAGUUUAUCAUUGGGAAACAUGGCUGUCCCAUUCCAGAGGAGGACAGAGAGGAUCCCUACUCAUGUUCCCUCUUGAACCUCACAGACCCAGCUCCAGGACAGGAUAAGGAGAUGGAGCUGGUGGAGGUGUCUGACCCGUCUGUCCUUGUCCCUGGGGAGGUCUCCUCUGUGGCCCUGGACUUUAAGGUCCUCCACCCCCUAGUCAUCACCAGGUUGGGGGUGUUCCCUACUGGACCUCACAUGGAGAUAGAGGGGAAUGUCACCGUCAGGCUGCUGCAGCUGGAACAACAGGAGGCAGUGGUGACGGCCUGCUUCAGCCCACUCAGUCCUGGGACAAGUCUGAACGGUGUGUGGCACAAACCAGUGGAGUGGUUCAUUCUGCCCAAGGGCUUUGAGGGGACUCUGGUCUGGGAGAGUCCUGACUUAGCUGGUCUGACUACGGUCAACACAUCCCGGGUGAAGCUGAACAACGGGGGAGGAGUCCUCAAGUUUUCCUCUAUCGAUGAGGGGACGUUGCCUCACAGGAGUGCUCUGGGCUUCCCAGGGUUGGCUGGAGGGUUCACCUUCAGAAUCCAUGACACGGCCUCCCUGUGGGAGGUGCUGCAUGGCCGACAGGGGCGGAUCCAGAGUCAUGGCACCAGACUGCAGAUGGAGGACAGGUCUCUGGAGCAGGAGGGUCUGCGUUAUGGAGACAUAGUGUUUGUGGAUGUAGUAGAUACAUACAGGAAUGUGCCUUCUAAACUACUGCAGUUCUACAAGUGGUCGGUGGGAAACGCUGCGUUUGAUCUGCUCCUGAAGACAGAUGAUGAUUGUUAUAUUGACGUGGACAAGGUUUUAAUGAAGAUCGACCACAAGGGCCUGAAGAGACACAACUUCUGGUGGGGAAAUUUCCGUCAGAGCUGGGCGGUGGACCGCAUUGGGAAGUGGCAGGAGCUAGAAUACGCCAGUCCAGCCUACCCGGCCUUCGCCUGCGGCUCGGGUUACGUGGCCUCCAGGGACCUCGUCCAAUGGCUGGCCAGCAAUGCAGAGCAACUCAAGGCCUACCAGGGGGAAGAUGUGAGCAUGGGGAUCUGGAUGGCUGCUGUUGGACCACAGAAAUACCAGGAUGCAGGCUGGCUGUGUGAGAAGGACUGCUACCAGGACAUGCUGUCGUCGCCCCAACACUCCCCCGAGGAGCUCCGCUCGCUCUGGGCUAGGAAGAGGGCCUGCGGGGACCCCUGUGGAUGUCCCUGGGGACACAGCUAACGUUAGAUAACAGUCUGGGCAGGUAUUUAGCUAACAGUCUGGGCAGGUAUUUAGCUAACAGUCUGGGCAGGUAGUUGGCUAACAGUCUGGGCAGGUAGUUGGCUAAUAGUCUGGGCAGGUAGUUGGCUAACAGUCUGGGCAGGUAGUUGGCUAACAGUCUGGGCAGGUAGUUGGCUAACAGUCUGGGCAGGUAGUUGGCUAACAGUCUGGGCAGGUAGUUGGCUAACAGUCUGGGCAGGUAGUUGGCUAACAGUCUGGGCAGGUAGUUGGCUAACAGUCUGGGCAGGUAGUUGGCUAACAGUCUGGGCAGGUAGUUGGCUAACAGUCUGGGCAGGUAGUUGGCUAACAGUCUGGGCAGGUAGUAACCUGUUCACUGCAAACAAGAGCCUUGUUGAACACAACUCUAGGUAUCAUCGUCUCAGUAGGAUUGCUGAUCUAGGAACAGGUCCCUCCUGUCCUUGUUAACUUAUUAAUUAUGAUCUAAAAGGCUAAGCUGAUCCUAGACCAGCACUCCGAGACGCUUGACACAUACAGCCCUAGGUCUCUACAGUGUACAAAACAUUAGGAACACCUUCCUAAUAUUGAGUUGCACCUGUUCAAAAGCACUUAAAUAUUUUGUCUUGCCCAUUCACCCUCUGAAUUGCACACAUACGCAAUCCAUGUCUCUCAAGGCUAAAAAAAUCCUUCUUUAACCUGUCUCCUCUCCUUCAUCUACACUGAUUGAAGUGGAUUUAACAAGUGACAUCAAUAAGGGAUCAUAGCUUUCACCUGGUUUAGCCUGUCAAGGUAAGAGCAGGUAUUCCUAAUGUUUUGUACACUGAGGACUUCAGUGAUUGACGGGGACAAUGGAUACUGGUUUCUGAACAGUGACAUUUCCUGUCAAAAGGCAGGAUGCCGGGGUAACCAAACAUAAAGUGCUGAAUGAUGUGGGAGAGACAUGGAUGACCAUGUUACGGUUCAUUCUACUGGUGUUAUUUAGUAAAUUAUUCUCCCAAGCUAC